AUGAAGUUCGCUGGUGUUGUUGCUGCCCUUGCCAUUACUGCCCCCGUGUUGGGUGCUCCCGUCGAAAACGCUGAGCGCGAUGUCGGUCAAGCUGUCAAUGACCACCUCCACUACGUCGGUGACGUUGUCAACAACGCUGGUGGUGCCGUUGCCCAAACCGUCAACGUUCUCCUCGACACCGUCUUCACUCUUUUGAGAUUCGGCCAAAGAAACAAUUAA